GUGUCUGCCCGCAGGAAGUUGGGGACAACCUGAACUGAGAAUUCAUAAAGUCUCCUCCCCUCCUCCUCCGCCCCACACUUUCAGUUUUGUUUUGCUUUCCUGUUUGAGAGAAACGAAACUCCACAGAGCAGGAUCUAGGAAGCAGCAUGGAGGAAGGCUUCCAGCUGUGUGGGAACUGCAAAAGAAGUGUGGCCUCUGCCCACUUCACCCUCCAUGAGGCCCACUGCCUGCGGUUCCUGGUCCUUUGCCCGGAAUGUGAGGAGCCUGUCCCAAAGGAAAAGUUUCCAGAGCAUCAUCAGAAUGAGCACCAGCAGACCAAGGAACAGGAGAAAGACACUGGCAGAUGUGGGUUCUGCGAGCUUCCUGUGCUGCUCAGCAGGCUGGAGGUCCACGAGACGCACUGUGGCAGCCGGACGGAGCGCUGUCCGUACUGCGAACGGCUUAUCACACUCCGAGUGAUGGCCCAGCACACAGACUUCUGUGGGAGCAAGCAGCCUGCUUGUGGAGGAGGGAAGAGAAUGCCAUUGGAAAGGAAAAUCCACUGUGUUUCCUGCAAUCAAAUGAUUCCAGGAAAUAUGUAUAUCCAUCAUAUGGGUGACUGUUAUCCAAUCUCAGAGUCUGUAAAACACCAUCCUUCUGGAAAGACAACACUUUCUCCUCCAUCCCUUCCAAGUCAGGCUUAUGAAGAUCAAAUCUCUACAUCAGAGAAAGAUGUCCGUCCAAAGGUAAAAAACACCAACAGUUCGUGCACUUCUAAACGUUCAACAAAGCACACAACAAGAAGCAAAAACAGAAGUGUGGGUUUGCCUUUGAAGUCUGAGCCUAAGCUGAGGAGUGCCUCUCCCACAGAAGAGCAGUCAGCUUAUGACAUUCUGAGGAGAUGUUCUCAGUGUGGCAUCCUGCUUCCCUUGCCGACCCUGAACAAACACCAGGUGAAAUGUCAACAUCUGGCAUCAUUAAGAGAAAAGUGAAACACCACCUAGAUUUGGAAAAGAAAAGGCAUUAGCUUACCUCAAGCUCUACAGGUGACCAGGAGGAAAAAAAAAACUGGAUUUGGAUUAAGCCUAAGAGACCCCCAGCUGUGUCCCUGAAGAAUUAAAGCAAACCAACAAUAACAACAACAAGAAAAUAUGCUCUCUCAGCAAGCGUCCUGCUCAUCUUUUUUAUGCAUUGCUUACUGGUUUU